CCAUCAUCAAGCAACAUCUUCCCAUCUAGCAAUCAAGAUUCAAUCAUCUACUAAAGCACACACUCGCUUCUCAAACUACUAGCAGUCACUACUCCCUCAAUCAACUACCAAAAUGAAGACCUUCGCCUUCGCUUCCUUUCUCUCCCUCCUCACCCUGAACUCCGCUGCUCCAACCCAAGUCGAAUCUCGCACCCCCGGCAAUGUCCUAAUCUGUACUGGUGAAGACUAUACAGGGACAUGUGAGACUAUAUCCGCUCCCUUCUACACCUGCCAGAAGCUGGAGGCCCCCUACUUCAAGAACGUAGGAAGUUUCAGGCCUGAUGCUGGAGCCUAUUGCAGGAUCACUUACACUGCCGAUUCAUGUACGACCCAUGGCGAUGCAUUCAUCUGGCCCGAUAGUGGUGCGCCGAAUCUCCACCACUGGGAUGAUGUGGCCACAGGGCAGAAUAUUGAUGCAGGGAGCAUGAUGACGAGCUUCUUGUGCCAAGAGUGCAGUGGUUGUACUGUUAAAGAGUAGAGACGGAAACAACUUUGGGAAUUUGUAAUUAAAUAACGGAACGGUAAGGAUUGCUUUGCACUGUGUGUGCGGAGUCACUCCUUUUGCAAUAAUGGAUUUAACAUUAAUGUAAUAUAUUAAGAAUGAGAAUAUGUAUCAUUGAA